AUGCACGAUUAUGUGCCCGAACCGGAUGUUAACUGGGAGGACGAGAGAGGGUGGUUCUCGUGUAUCCAGGAUUCUUCACCAUCGCCGUCAUCGGGGGCGGAUACUCCUCCUGCGAUUGGGGCUACAACUGUUACUGCCAUUCCGACGAUUGACGAUGAUGCUGAUGAUGUGGAGGUGGAAAGUGGUAGUAGUAGAGAGGUGAAAGUCGAUGGUGGUGGCGGCGGAGUGAGAGUUGUAGCCUCUGCGGAAGAUUAUGGGGUUGCGCAUUUGGAUCUGGAGGGGGAUCCCAAUUGCGAUUAUACGACUAAAGUCCAGAUUGCCGGUUCUGAGUACAAUGUGAUUAUCGAUACGGGAAGCGCACAUUUCGCGGUGGCCUCUAACGCAUGCAAGGAUUGUAUUAUUCAGCGGAGAGGGGAUCGUUUUCGAUCGAAUGAGGAGGAGGAGAUUCCUAUUGAUGCGGAUGUCGAGCUUGUUAAUGAGUUUGCUGCCGAAAACCAUCCAGCGUCAGUGGAGGGAGGAGGAGAUCAGCAGCAGGAGCAGCCGUGGAACUUGUUCAAGGAGCGACCUAACAAUACCCGUCCUAGUUCUUUGACGACUUCUGCAACGACAACAACGUCAACACCAACAACGACCACGACUACUGCUACUUCGGCGCAGAGCUCGUCGUCUGUGUCGUCUGUGUCCAGCUCCAGUUCCUCUGUCGUGCCUCAUUCAUCAAGCACAAGCUCGGCUUUUGCCUUUUCGUCUUCCACCUCGUCGCCAUCACUCUCAACAUCGGCAGCAACAGCUAGCUCUGGAGCAACAGCGACCCAUACUCCAGUGACGACUUCGACCUCAGUGGCCCAGUAUCCUACUGCCUCUACAACAAUACCAUCAUCAGCACCAGCUAGUGGACCUGCUCAGGAUGCGUUCUAUGUCGACGCCUAUCUUCGGUUCCCCGACAACAAGGAUAGACUAAAGAAGUUGCAGGAUGCAGCACAGGCAGCAAUUGCUGCCGUUAGUGCAGUUCCACCCAUCGUCCCGGUUGGCCAUCCUGCUGUAGGUGGCAACCACCAGAGCCCCCUCUCCAGUCCCAACACACCUGAGAGAGCAUACACGAAGAGUCGCAUGUCCGGAGAAGGAAGAGUAUUGUUGGCAGCACCCGCCGAGAACCUGUACCCACUCUCGGUAAACGCGCGCGAUCGAGGAGAGUCGAUCAGAGUCAGCUAUGGGAUCAAGACCCACUCUGUCGGGUGGAGUGGGGUCAUGACCUCGGACCUUAUGACUCUCGACAUGGCCAAAGUCACCUCUGGCGUCAUUACCAACAUUACCGCCGCUCCUUCAGCAACAACAGCAACGACAGAUGCGCCAGGGACACGGCAUCUGGAGGACGGUGGAACCAUGGAGAAGGAGACCAACGUCGGGUUUGCGGCAAUCGUGGAGAAUACGGGGUUCUUUAAUCAGGAAUGUGGUGCACAACAUGGCAUCUGGGGGCUUGGUUAUCGGACUCUGAGUGUUGAUCGCAAGCCGACUUUGUUUGAUACUCUCUCGGCGUCGAUGAAGAUCCCAAACGGGUUUGCGAUACAGCUCUGUGGGAGGGUGGCCAACACGACCAAAACUGGAAACAUGUUCCUUGGCGGAUACUCCUCGGCCCACCUCGCAGAACCCAUGCAGUUCGUGCCCCUGGUCAAACGCGACUGGUACCAGGUCCGUCUCGACGGGUUCAAGGUCAUGGGCCGACCCGUCCAUGGGAUGCAGAACCUCAACCUCCCAAAGACCAUCGUCGACAGUGGGACGACUAAUAUCCUGAUGAGUCAUUAUAACCUCCAGUUCUUGAUUGACGCUCUAGCACAAUCGGGGGUUGUCCAAUGGUCGAGUUUGAUCCCCGAGCAGGAUGUGAACAAUUUCUGGUUCCGGAAUGCGGUGUUGAGGUUGCCGAGGUCGAGUUUUCGAGUGGCGACGAUGGCGAGGGCGGUCGAGGUUGUGAUGUCCGGGGUGGCGGUUCCGAUUUAUACGUCGAGUUUUUUGAGGAUUAAGCCUGUGCCUUCUGGACAGGCACCCGAGGGCUAUGUCGACUUUUGGUGGCACGGAUUCGCAUCGAGCACGGCGCCGGAUGCGGUAGAGGCAGAACGUGCAAGUGGCGGGGCUGUAAUGCCAGGAGCCGUCGGCACCAUUCUUGGUGAAACCCUCUUUGCCGGAAAAGUAGUCUACUUUGAACGCGGUAACGAAAACGUCCACCAACCUGGAGAAGAAGACUUUGGCAGGAUCGGAUUCGGGAGAGGGAAGAACUGCUUUGCGCCCGCUGACCAUCGGAAUGUGGAUGUGUUGGCGAGUGGAGGGCAGGUUGCAGUGGUGGAUUUGGAUAGUGUGGGACCUGUUCGUGUUGCUGCUACAAGUGACGCGAGUGGGAUCCGGUUUGGAGUUGUUGCCUACCUCGCUUCUGUCCUUUAG